CGAAGGUGUUUUUGUUGUUUCGGACCACAAACCUCUGCUCUGCCGAAACUGCCCGACCGACCGUAAAAAGUGCAUUUAACCAAACCCAAUCAGCGACCAAUUGACGAGCCAUGGCCGAGCAGGAGCUGCAAACGUACCGCCGCUGCAUUGGCCAGCAGCUGGAGGAGCUGGAGCUGCUGAGCUCCAUUUACUGCGCUCCCGGGGAGCUGGAAAUGCUCGAUGCCGGCGUCGUGGCCGAUUUCAAUGAGUUCCUCGAGGAGGAUGAAAGGAAACCUGCUGCCAAUCUGCCCUCGCAUCUGGAGUACGUGGUCAAGUUGAGUCUGCCCGCCAAACGGAGCGUGGAGGUGCGAGUGGAGUUGCCGCUCCUAUAUCCGCUUUUGGAGCAGGCAAGGGUCAGUGUCCACACGCCACUCCUGGGAAAAUCUAAGGAGCAGCGCUUGAAAAGCGACAUGGAGCAGUUUCAGAGUGAAAGGCGGGCGGAGGAGCCUGUGCCGUACAUCUUUCAGCUGCUAAGCUGGCUUCAGGAGCACAUCGAAGAUCUAUUAAAGCGACCGGCUUCAGAAUUUGUAGACCAACAAGAGGAACCACAAGAUCUCCCACAACUGGCGGUUUCCCAUCUCGAGCGAAUGUGGAUCUACUCGCACCACAUCAAGUCCACCGCCAAGCGUCAGGAGCUGAUUCGCCAGGCCCACCAGUUGCAACUCACUGGCUUCAGCAGACCUGGUAAACCGGGCAUCAUAUGCGUGGAGGGCGAGUCCGAGAAUGUCCAGGAGUUCUGGGUCACCAUCAAGGCCCUGCGAUGGCAAAAGAUCAGCGUGGUGCGAACGGAACCACGGCAACGCAAGCGAGGAUUCGAGGACUUUAGCGAACAGCUCUUCAACGCCGAGGAGGGAGUCAUGAAUAUGGGUCAGUUUAUCCGAUUCCUCGAGGCCCACGGCUUUGGCUACAUGAAGGCGGAGUUGUUUGGUUUAGCCUGAGCGCGGCUUGCAAAAUUCAAAUUGUAAAUAAAGUUUGUUAUUUCA